AGACCCGGCGACCAGGCGCUGGCUGCAAGCUCUGCAGCCCACAGAAUUGUUUCAAGUACAUGUUCUGCAGAGAUAAAGUGCACUUUGAGGACCUUCUCCUCGAACAGGGGGGCUUGGCGGAGGUGGAAUGAGAGGAAAAGGCCGACCGCAGAAAGGGCAGGGCUGCUGACCUUUCGAAACCGCUCCCAAGCGGAGGCCUCAGGGCCUCCAUUUUUUUUUUCCCUGCCACAAAAACGAAAAAGAACCCGCAUAGGGGCCAAGGCCUCGUCUAAGGGGAGCUGCGCUCAGCCAGGGGAAAAAGGCAGCCUGAGACAGGAUCCUCAGACUCCGUUAUAAAAUAUUUAAGCCCAGCCCGAGAUGAGUCUGGAGUCCCUGUUUCAGCACAUCAUCUUCUCCGAGCACCUGGCGGAGGAGAAUCGCCGCUUGAUGCGACAAGUCAGGUCGGAAAUAAGCAGAUGUCGUGAAAACAUUAAGAAAGCAGCAGAGGAGCUGAAUGAAGAGAAAAUCAAGUUGGAAUCUAAGAUUCAGCAGUUUUCUGAAAAAGCCUUCCUCUUACAGCUUUUGAAAACUCAUGAAAAUGCCUUAGAAAGACAGUGCAGUGAAAUUACAAGCCAAAGGAAUAUGCUUCUCCAAACGUUUGAAGAUACAAAGAGAAAAGUGACAGAGGAGGAAGAAAAAUUUAUUAAGGAAAUUACAGACUUUAAUAAUGAGUAUGAAAUAACAAAGAAACGAGAGCUUUUGAUGAAAGAAAAUGUCAAGAUUCAAAUAUCUGACUUAGAAAACGAGGCAAACAUUCUGAAAAUGGAAAUGAAGUCAGUGGAACGUGAUAGUGGCCAGUUAAAUGAACUUCAAAAACAAAAGAGUGAAUUGAUACAAGAAUUAUUUACUUUGCAGAGAGAGCUUAAAGGUUUCGAAGAUAAAAAAAAGGAAGCCGUUUGCACUACCAAGUACCUAGAGGCAGAAAAAAUAAAAAUCAGUGAAAAGCCUCAAAAUGAUGCUGAAUGCUUAAGACUUAAAAAAGAAUUAGAACUUUAUAAGGAAGAUGACAUGCAAAGUGUUUAUGAUGCUCUCCAAACAGAAAUAGAAUUUUUGCAGUUGACAUUGGCACAGAAAGAUCUUCAGGAAACUAAUAACUUGUAGAGAAGUGAUCAGCUCUCUAAGAUUUGAUCAAGCAUCUUAGUAUCAAAUCUUUGUGGUAGAUACAUGAAUGAUACCCAUUUCUUGCGGAAAAUGUGAGGUUUAAAAUGUUCAAAGUUGUUGAUAUCUAGAAUUGAUAUAUUAGCACUUAAAAAAAGUAAUUUUUUGGUCUUGUUACCUGCUGAAACUUAAGGGCUUUUAUGUGGUUUGAUUUUAUUUCUAAAGGAAGAAAAAAGGAGAAACAGAUAUUGUGUUCUCAGGCUCGUUAUUCCCCCCCUGACCCUUAAGCUGAUCUGUACUUUCUGAUGUUGUUCAUUCUUUGUUGCAGUCUACCUCAGAUCCAAUCAAGUGUAGGAAGAAAAGCUCAGAUUAUUGACCCAAUUUUGUCAGUGCCAUUUGCACCAACAAAGAUGCUUACUUUCAUUUUAAUCCUUCUGUAAUCAUAAGAUGUCUUUUGACAGAGGCCUUCUGAGGCCUUUCAUCUACAGCAGCCAGUUUUCUCCACUUUUCUCUAAAUGUGUCUACAGAUUUAAGUCUGGGACACCUGCAGCCACUUUCCAGCACUUUGUGCCUGCCAGUUUUCUUCCUAAUGCCAGUGUUGGUUAGAAUGAAAUAAGUCAUCUACUCGGGGAGGUACAUAGUCUCCUUACGGCCAUCAGGAUUCAUUUUUGCUGGUGGCCUAAAAUAUUGCAACUGAAAACAGUGUACUUAUGUUUGGAUCAAUCAUGAUAUUGCCACCAAAUUUCCAACAUCACAUCUCUUUCUGCUGUUAGCAGUCCUAACUAGGAAGAAAGGUGUAUUUUCACGUUUCUUAAAAAAGUAUAUUGAAACUAUUCAACAAGGCCCUAAAUUGUGGUAGGCGGGGGAGGGGAACAAAAGCUACUUUAAGGAUAUAACUUAAAGUUCUGAGUGCAAAUGUUUUCUUUUAUGAUUCUAGUUGAAUUAGUUUAAUAUCAAAUAUGAGAUGUUUACAAAUGCCUUAGAUCUAUUAAUGUUAAGGUAGUCUUGUUUCAAAUCAAGUCUUAUUAGGGCAUAGCUUUUUGUAUAGGUUGCUUUACAUCCUUAUUUUUUUAAAAAGUAGCAAAGUUAAAACUCUCCUUUGAGAUGUGUACCAAUUGCCAUCUGUUUAAAUAAUUUGUAUUUUCAAAAGUUAUUUUUAUUUUGAUUCUUUAAAUAUUUAAGAGUAAAUUACUUUUGCUUAAGAAGAAAAAAAUGAAUGGUACCAGAGAAUUGCAGUCUGUUUUAUAUGCAAAUGCAGAGUGGGAAAUGGUUACUGGAAUUAGACUUGACUUCAGUUCUGUCUUAUUUUAGUCCAUUUAUCUAACCACAUUCUAAGUUCUAAGUCUUCUGAAUAUUUAUUAUUAAAUGUGUAUCACAUCAUCAAUAUGCAGGCUAAGUUUACAUGUAAAGCCUUUUUCACAGUAAUUUUUGUUCAUUAUUGGUUUUGUAGCUAAAAUAUCAAUGUGAAUUAGAGAUCUGCCAGUUAUUUGCACAACUAACACACAAUGGCAUAUAUGCAGAAUAAACUUUUACUGAUAUAACAGUCUUGUCAUGUCUUCACAUCAUAUAAAAUAUCUAGAUUAAUAUUCAGUAAUGAAUCAGAAUUCAUAUGAAUUGAAUUUGAGACAAAAUGGGAGGUUCAUAACGUAUUUUCAUUAUUUCAAAAUGCUUAAAAUGCAUAUUUUAAGAUUUAAACUAUUUUUUUUCAAACAAUCGAAUGAUUGUUUUGGCACUGCAUGGUAGAGUAAUACAGUGCACUGCCCAUGAAAUACCAACCAAAAUAACUGGGACUGUUAGAAUCAAUGUAAUCAAAGGCACAAGUUCACUGAAAAAAGGAAAUACAACAACCAAUAGAAACGGCACUGUACGACCUACACUGUCAGUAUACCAGCAGAUUAGGUCUGCUUUUAGUUGUUUUAAGAAUUCGUAAUUCAUACAACUCUUAAGUAGGAAAAAUAACUGAAAUUAUCUAAGUAAAAGUGCGUCUUAGACUGACUUUACUCUGGAAGUAAAGACUUUGGCUAUAUAAAAAGGCAAAUUUUAAAUUACUGCUCAUUCAUUAAAUAAAUUCACUAACUUUUCCCUAUACUUAGUUAUAACCAAAGCCUAACUAACCCAGAGUAACACUGAUACAUCUCUGAGCUUCCUGGCAUGCCACCACAGUUCUUUACUCUAAUGGAAGUUCUUUCAGAAGCAACUUCCUAAUUAUCAGCCUUCCACUGGGGAUAAUACUAGGAUGUAUAGAGAGUUUGCUGCAUGUUUUUCCUGCUGAUUAAUGGAGCUAUUUGGCUAGGGGAAAGACAGCAACAAAAUGAUAGGAUGUAGAGCAUGACCACUGGACUGGAAAUUCCUUUCUUUAUUCCCUGGCCUCAUUAUUGAAAUGGGAGGAAAAAGCAAAGAAAAGGAAAAGUUUUAAAGUGUGUACAGUCAGGAAGAUUUCUAAAGUACUCAUUGUUUUAUCAAUAGUAGUGUUUUCUUCUGUAAAAGAAACAAAAAUUGAGGAGCACAUUGUCUGCCUAUCUUUUUUCUCUUGAAACGUGUAAAACCAUGAUGAGAUUCUUAAAGUCCAAGAUAAGUUUGAAGUCAUUGUAUUGUAAUGAAUUGGAAUCUAGAAACGACUCUAAAACAGAGUCAAUUGAGAUUUGGUAAUUUAUUGUAGAGUAGACAUUAUGCUAAGAAAAAUCUAUUGAGUCUUUUACCAGAAGGGCAGUCAGUAGCUGCAGAUAUACAGACAGCAUGCGCUAGACAGGCCUGUUCUAAUCUAUGCUGAGGACAAAGUCCCUUUCUAUUUCAUACCAAUCAAUCAUACAUAACUGUGUCACAUUGUUAUGAAUAUGUCAUUUAUUUGCAGUCCAGAAAACAGUAGCAGUUCAGUGACAUGAUUAGAAAUAAAUAUGAUAUCGUUUUUAACCCUGGAUGUAGAAGGGUAAGGUGUUCUGUCAUUCAAAUAUUUAUUUAUAGUAUGAAAUUUGAUAUUUAAAGUUCAUUCUACUAAAAAAUAUUUUAAUAUUUGAAGCAGAUUAUUUUAGUUCAACUUUCAUGUUUCUUCUUGACUCCUCUUCUCUCCUUUGUCAUCCUGGAAAACUUAAAUGAAGCAAAUACAUUUGCCUUUCAGAGUCUAGUUCAGAGCAUUUUCUGUCAAGGGAAUUUUUUUCAAGAUGUGAACUAAAAAUGAAAAAUAUUUUUUGUCAUUAGCCUGAAGCAGGGAUUAGGUCUUGGAGUUUUUAAGACAACAGAUUUUUCUUUUUAUGGAAGAAUGGGAAGAAUGAAGUUAUCUUUGAAAAUGUUGGAGGUAGGAAAUGAAUAAUUAGUUGCAUUUGUGCUUUCUAAACAUUGUAUUUUCAAGUUUAAAUAAGUUUUUGCUUGGCCUGUUAACGAUAAAAUCAUCAUACCAGUGAAGAAGCUUUAUUUUCUUAUUAACUUGACAUUUGACAAAAGAAUGAUACUGAGACAGCAUUGACUAAUAUAUGAAUGAAAUAAUGUGAUAACUGUCUUGUCUCUUAGGGAAAAUCGGGAUUUCAUUGCUUUGUUGUUAUUCAUUGUACUGAGGGUCACAUUCGUUAAACAUGAGGAAAAUUUUUUAGGGUAAUGCUGUUUGUAAGAACAUAUUUACUUUGAUUGGAGGAAAAAAAGAAAGCAUAACAAAGAAAACCAUGACUGAUGGUAAAAUGCUCUCGUAGCUGCUGCUGUGAAAAGUAUCAAGAGCAAAGCUGUCAGAACCGAAUGCUCAUUUAAACAACUACUUUUGGUACAUAGCGAAUUUAUCUUUAAAAGACCUUUGUGAAAUUGACAGCAGCAGAAUUCAAAUGUCUAGGAAAAUAAAGAGUAAAUAAAAAUGUGAAAUUAAUAACAAUGACUGAUAUAAGUAGCUGUGCAAAAUGAGGCCCAUAGUGGGGGAGAAAAAUGAUUUUAUUUUUUUCUUACAACCAGAAAAGCUGUACUAUUCUGUUAAUUCUAAGUUAAUUAUUGUCAUACUUGUAAUAAAUUGUCAUUCUAAUUAGUUGGUAAAUAAAAUCUUGUUAAAAUAAAAUCCUCUCAAUCUACGUUUAAUAGAUACAAAUACAAUUACUAAUAAAUAUUUCUGGAUAGGGCUUUGUGAUUGCUGAGAGAAGGUGUAAAUUCAAACCACCAUGACAUGAUGUUGGCAGCUUUCAUGACUUUAGACAAAGAAGCUCCUGGUUGGGCAUGGGUGAUAUGAGAGCAAUCAUAGAGUCAGUGUAAUGUCACCUCUAAAAUCUGGUGCCAAUUAAAAUUUAUAAAAUGAAGGUUAUAUUUAUAAAAAUAUUUUUAUCCAAUAAAAUCAAAGAUCUCUAUUGAGAUUCUAGUUGGAGACCAAGCAUAUAUCCCAGAUUUUUUCAGGAGGAACUGAGAUUUUGAUUAAUGAUCUGGUUCGUGUGAGGUCACAGAGGGCAGUGGGCCUCUUUAUUUACUGUUUAAUUGCUUGGGCUUCAGUUCCAAAAAUCUUAGAAAUACAUUGCUUUUGAAAAUAUGCUUACAAUAAACUUUUACACAGCAGGUAAAUAUUAGAAGAUAAGAGAAAUUUGAGAAUUAUUUAAAUCACUCUUUUGGUACCAGAAAACAUGGAUUAAUCAGAAUCAGUGAAUGAAUCUUGAAUUAAUUAAGAAUAUCCUUUACACUCCAUGAGAAGAAAGAGGCAAAUCAGUACAAAACAGACUCAAAUCAAGUACUAUUGAAAAUUCACCUUCUGGGUAUCUCUUGAAAUUAAUACCUACUCACCCUACUUUACAUUUUCUGCAGAUUUUUUUUUUCAGUGCUACCCUGUGGUCAUUGAUAAUUUAAGGUGGUAACCUGAGGGAUGGCAUCUUCUUAAAAUAUCAAAUAAUAAGAGUUAUAUUCAUUUUUUCAGUACCUGCUAAGGCAGGAAUAUGGACUAAUGGAGAACUUCCAGAAAGAUCAACGUGUAAAAGAAUCUCUGAUUAACCUAAAAGUAGCACUCUUCUUAUUUCUUUCUUUUCCCUAUGUGUUGUUCCUUCCAUCCAUUCUUGCAUCCAUUCAUCCUGGCUCCUAGCUACCUCUUGGAACUCACGCCAUACACUCUCCUCCUUGCACAUUCCUCUCUAGCCGCACUGCCGUUCUUUCUGCUCCCAAAUAGGCCCGACUCACUGUGGCCUUGGGAUCAUUUUGGAAGCUGUGUUCCCUCUGCCUGGGACGCUUCUCCUCCUGAUCUUUGUAUGGCUGUCUGUUCCUGUAGUCCAGGUGUCAGCUGAAAUGUCACCUCCUAGGAGAAGCCUUCCUUUAAACAGUCAGUAAGUAUUCACAUCAUCACAUUAUCACACACUCUAGUUUAAUCCUCUUCAUACUAUUUGUGAUUUCUGAUCUCUUUCUUGUUUGUUUGUUUCUAUUUAUCACUACUAAACCACAAGUCCCAUGAGAGCAGGGAUAUUAUUUGUCUUACGCACCACUUUUUUUCAGAGCCUGGAACAGUGUCAGCAUACAGGAAGUGUUCAGUAAAUGUGCGUUGAAGUAUGACUUGAAUUAACUUGUUCAUUUAACCCAUAUUUAUUAAUUGAGGAUUUAUUGAUUAUCCAGUUAAAGAAACUGGGUUCAUUUAUUUUUGAUUCUCUUUCUUGGUUGAGUUACCAUAUCCCCUAAUUUUCUUACUCUUUCUGAGCCUCUGUUUACUUAGUUAAAAUGGUAGUAAUAAUGUUUCCUAAUUUCAGAACCCAUCUAUAUAGAAUAACCAAUAAAAGCAUUGAAAAGAGACUGGAAGAAAAUAAUGAUCCCAUAUUCCAUCAUGGGAAAAGUUUGUGAGUCUCUCAAUGGCAACUUACAGCUUUCUAUUAUCAAGCUGUUGAUUGGCAGGUAAUGAUUAUGAAUGCUUACUUUCCACCAGCUGCUAGAAUAGGAAGUGAAAAUUGUAAGUUGCUUGCAAGCCAUGAAUGUGCAUUAGAGUAGCUUAAAAGCAUUAUUUCUCCAUGAUAAUAGAAAAUUUUGAAAUGUGUUUGCUUUCAACUGUGAUUUAUUCGGUCUUUCUUGUCUGAAAUACAAAGUUUAAACAAUUCUGUUUUUAAUUCAGCAUCAUAUUUAGAAAAAUGUAUGAGUGCCAUCUGCUGGAUUUCUCUGGUACCACCUUGAACAAGAUGAUAAAAUUGUAAGAGUGACCCUUCCUCCCUUUCCUUCUUCCCUCCUUCCUUCCCCAUUUAUGUAAGUAUAAAUUUAAAAUUUCUCUCUCUAUAUAUUUUCCAAUUGCUCCAUACAUAAUUUUCAAAUACCAUGUAUUUGAUGCUUAUUUUCAAAUUAGUGUCACAUGUACCCUUGAGAAAAUAUAAAGUUUAAGGGACAUAAAAGUGAAAUUUCAGUAACAUUACAGUACUGUUUUUACUUUUGCUAAACUUAAAAGAGCCUUAUUGGUUAAUCAACACAUUUUCUUUAUUUUUGAAUUAAAAAAUAUAAGUAACAGACUUUCACCCUGAGACCACAUGAAAAGUUGAUGUUAGUUUAAGUUGUUGAUUAUUUAUAUAACUUCUGGGUGUGUUAAUCUUGAUUAUUUAGUCUUUGUCUUUAGUCUUCAAAUAUUCAUUCAUGAAUUAUUGGUCCAUCAAAUAAAGUGAAGUCAUUCUACUUAGGAUCUUUGGUAAUUGACCUGCCAAUCAGCUUUAUCACCAGAGCCUUCAAAUGGUAACUGAGCUCCUAGAGAGAGAAGUGGUGCUUCAUCCACUGUUCAUACUCCAGGGCCGAGCACUGGACCCAGCACUGCCAGCUGUCAGUGAAUGAUUAUGAAAGCCAUUAAAGAAAUCCUGGGACAUAUACUGAUCAACAUCUAACUCAUCGGUACAUCCCAAAGUGCUCAUUUUAAAAACAAAGGAUCUACUUAAGUACCAGAUGGAGAUCAGGAAUGAUGAGAAUGAGUUGAUUAUGCCCUUCUUGGUCCAGUUUUCUUUUCAACAGGAUCCCACCUUUGUCUCCAAAAUAUAGAUAGAAGCUUUUAUGGCUCUGAUAUCUUCCUCCACGUUGGCAUAACUUGAAGUAGACUCUUUCUAUAUGGUGACAAAAAUGACCAUAAAUAAUUCUAGACUUCAUUGUGCUUUCAGUUGCAAUUCCAGUCAUGCUCCAUUCUUAAAAUUACUUCAUGAUAUCCUGCUCAAGAGAAGAGUUCCUUUCUGGAUGGUGCCAAGAGUCAGCACCUGGCUGUGGUAAACACCGAGUCAGUAUAGAUGGAAAUCAGUGCAGCUAAUUAUUUAACUAUCCAAGCCUCACACUUCGGAACAGACAAGAUCACCCAUAUCAACAUACCUGGAUGGAAAUCAGAUGGCAAUGGCAGCAAGACAUGUGCAAUGUAUGAUGUGAAUAAACGCUUCUUUACACUAGUAUGAAAGCUUUAUGUUUAAUGUGAAUGUACUUUGCAAGGUACUAAUGUAUUCAUGGAAAUUCUCCAUUCAGUUAUUCACAUUGUCCGUGUCCCAAGGCCUCAAAUGAAUUACCCAUUUCCCAUUUAUUUUCACUUAUUAUGAAUCACACAGAUUAUGAUGGAAGAUUUUUAUAAUUAUUCUUUGGUAAAUUCUCACCUUUGACAAAAGAUUGAGUGGUGUGAUAAAUUUCUCAUUUAUUUUAAGGAAAACAUUUCCAAGUUCACUCCAUGAAAUUAAUUUUCCUCUCUUUUAUACCAGGGUUAAUAGACUGCUAACGUAGUAAGCAAUUAAUUAUUUAUAAGCCAUAUAGUGUGGUAGAGUCAGGCUGUCUGAAAUCAUAUUAUGGUUCUAUUUACUAGCUCUGUGGUCAUGGGCAAGUUAAUUAACCUAUCUGUGCCUAGGUUUCCUUCUCUUUAAAUGAGUAUUAAGUUAGUAUAUGUAAAAGGGUUAGGACAGGGCCUAGCAUGUAGUAGGUUCUCAAUACCUGCAAAUGUUAUUUCUUAUUGUGAAAUCAGUUGUUCAGGCACCUUGAUUUUCUUUAAUUCUUACUUUUU